CGGAUUCAAAGGCUGAAUUCGAGAUGCUCGGAGAACAUGACUUGGCAAGAGACAAUACAAACGAGCAGACGCCGAUGGAGAUCGACGAAGACACCUCCGAGAGGAAUCCGAAGGUAUCCGGGAGCGUUAAGGUUAUGGCAUCCUCAGGCACCGUCGGUUCCGUGUCCAUCAGUUUGCAUCCGCUGGUGAUCAUGAACGUCAGUGAGCACUGGACCAGACUCAGAGCUCAAGAAGGCAGUGAUCAAUUAGUUUAUGGUGCUCUAAUUGGUAAACAGAAGGGUCGUAACAUAGAGAUUAUGAAUUCUUUUGAAUUGCUGUUUACAUGCAUUGGUGAUGAUGUCGUAAUCGAUAGAGAUUAUUAUAAUACAAAGGAAGAGCAAUUUAAGUUAGUAUUUAGUGAAAUGGACUUUUUGGGUUGGUAUACCACUGGUGAUAUACCUAAUGAAAGAGAUAUUAGAGUGCACAAACAGCUUUGUGAAAUAAACGAAAGUCCUGUUUUGUUAAAAUUGGACCCGAGACCAAAAAACACAGAGCAUUUAUCUGUCUCUAUGUAUGAAUCAGUAAUUGAUUUAGUUAAUGGUGAAGCUACCAUGUUAUUUGUUCCAUUAACUUAUACAUUAGCCACAGAAGAAGCUGAGAGGAUUGGAGUUGAUCAUGUACAAAGGAUGUGUAAUAAUGAACAAGGGGAAUGCUCAGUAGUGGCUGAACAUUUGACAGCUCAACACAGUGCCAUUAAAAUGUUGCACGCAAGGGUAAAACUUGUUCUAAGAUAUGUGCAAGCAGUAGAGAGUGGGGAAUUGAAAGGAAAUCAUGAAGUGCUACGAGCAGCUUGUUCUCUAAGUCAUCGAUUGCCUGUCUUAAAUAAUCCGAAAUUUAAGGCUGACUUUUAUAAUCAAUGUAAUGAUUUUGGCUUGAUGACGUAUCUCGGUAUUAUAACUAAAGGCUGUAAUAAUAUAAAUCAAUUUGUAAACAAAUUCAAUAUUCUGUACGACAGACAAGGCGUGGGACGACGUCUACGAAGUCUCUUUUUCUGAUAUGUAAAUAGAAUCUGUUGUUUUUAUAUAUGGUCUUUUUUACUCCUUAAAUAAGUAAGUACCAAACUCAGGAUUAAAAUUUAAACAGCCAAUUUAAUUGAGGGAUAGUUUGAAUAUUGCUCUAGAUAUAUAUUGUGUAUCGAGCACAUAAAUAAAAGUAGAGAAGUUAUACAAUUUUUUUUAAAUUUAAAAGUUUAAUAAUAAAUGAAAGAAAAAAUGGAAUUAUCUGAAACAUGCAUUAUUUCAGUAAUAUUAUUCAGAAAUAAUAUUUAUGUUAAAUACUGUUGUAUAUAUAAAUGGUACGUUUAAUACAUUUUGAUUAACAAUAACGUGUGAUAUUAAUAAAAACUGUGAUGUGUUCCAAGAAA